AUGAUUCGUAAAGGCAGAGGUCGAAUUAUCGUGGAUGCGGUCACUAAUGAACAUGUACUGGAUCCAAAUGGUGUAUCGAUCAGUCCAAAGUUAUCAAUUAUUUUUCGUACGUCUAGUUCAGUUUCUGAGAUGAUUGUACUGAACGGAAAGAAAAUGUUGAUUGCUGAGAGAAGACUCAAAAACGCCGAUGAAAUAGUGUUGUGGAAGUCGGAUGUGAAGCUGCUCUCCUGUUAUCACGUGACCUUCUUCAACGAAGAAACGGAGCUGGAAGUUGUGGACAUUACCAAAGUGGAAGAACGGGAAGCGCUACUCACAUUGCAUCGUCUUUCCGCCAGAAAUCAUCAAGAAACAGCGGAACAAGAGCAAAUGGCGGAUACUCCCACCGUUCAACUCUCUCAAGAGACCUCCCAUCACGAGGAAACGAUCACAUCGAUCACCCCCUUCGAUGAAGAAAAGUUGUCGGAUGAUUCCAUCGACCAGUCCGCUCAAGAAAUCUCGCAUUCAUCGAAGACUGACGAUAUGUCAGAUGAGAAAAUGUCGGGAGUUUCAAUCAGUCCAAUCGAUCCAGACGAAUCGAUUCAAUUGACCCUACCGAAUGAGCAAGAGGCAUCUCGGUCGUCCAUAACUGAGGAGAUAGCAGAAGAGAUGCUGCCCGUUGAUCCAAUCGGCACCGUCGCUCAAGGCGAAUCGGUUCCAUCUUUUCCACCAACCUCAUUCAGCGACACCAUCGCUCAGCUUCGUUUGUACUUCAAUCAGGAGUUGUCAAAUGAGGGAGCCAUGCCAGCAGUCUCUGCAGAUCGUGCUAUUCAUUCUGCUAAGAGAACCAGUUCAGUGCCAAUUAGACAAUACUCGAGCGAUACUGUUGAUGAAAACGAGUUGGCGGUCAAGAAGCCAAGAUUCUUCUCACCACAAAGACAAGUCCUGAAGCCUUUGAAUACAUCAUCUAAGCUUGCAAUGAGUCCAGAAGCGCCAUCAUCUGAACAUCCAAAUAGUCUAGUAGAGCCAUUGGUUGUACUUCAGAAGAGUCCAGAAGAGCCAUGGGCUGAACUUCUAAAUCGUCCAAAGACACAGACACUUCCAGAAGCCCUCCAACAGCUUCGUCCCCUCAAACGCUAUGGAAAGGAGGUGACGCUGAAGGAAUACCUUCAGAUUCAAUUUAAAGGACAACUUUUACGAACCAUCGAUUGGAACCGCGUUGAUGACCUGAAACUAUUCCACCCAAAAACCGCUCUCUUCCAAUCAACCAAUCAUCCAAUUCUUCUCUUAGCCGGAAAGUCCUUCAACAGAGCUCUUCUUGUGGAAGGCAACCACAGGACAGCUGCGUUAUCAGAGUGCCACGCCCAGAAGGAGCUUAGUGAUGAUGAUCUGAAAUCGACGGUGCCGUUGACUUUUUUUCAAAUUCCCAAACCGGAGUUCAACAACAUGUGGAUGGCAGCUAAUGAACUGGGUCGACAAGUGCAAGCUCAAGCUCGAUUCGAUUGGAAAAAUGCUUCUUCAAGAACGCGUGAAGCUGUCUUUUCGGAAUUCAAGAAAGAGGCGUACCGAACAAAAGGAAAGUUUUCCAAAUUUGAAUCGUCUAUUCUUGCGUUAGAAUUUUUGAAUGCGGAAUACGAUGAGCAGGCCAGACUCGACAUGAAGAAUCAUCCGAGCAAAAGGACUGAAGCAACUGAUCGACUUCUUACAUUGGGACUCGUUGACUCGAAUAUGGGCGGAGGCCGAACAGAAGGAAUCCCAGUGGCCAUGUUCCUAUCUAGACAGUUGACACAAGAGGCAUUUGUUGAGUCGAUUCGAAACGACUCUUAUCCGUCCGGUUCUAAAAUCCACGAAGUAAUCUGGAAAUGCUCAACCGAAAACGAUUCAGGAACUGCGGAAUUGCUCUGGUCCGUUACAAAAGGUGAAAUGAAAGCAGCAAAAUUCGUCGCCAAUCUCGACAUCAUCUUGAAUGGCGGCACUGUGAACGUCAAGGAGACUGGAGCUGCAGCUCAAAUUGCUGGAAUUACCGUGGUUGAGCAUAUGAACGAUGUUCCGAAUGGUGGCUAUCUCGUGACUAUUGACACAAUUCCCAAAAUGUCGAAAAUCUUGUCCAAGAAGCUGACAGUUGCGGUUUUCCGUGCAAACAAUUCCACACUCUGUUCCAUUUUGUCAGAGUUUGGUGAGGCAGAUCGUGUUCGAAAAGGAGUAAUUAGCAAAACUGGAUGGAAUGGCCCAGAAUCAACCUUCUACACUUGUUUUGGAGAGCGAGUGCUACCAGAACCAGAAGUCGUGGAGAAAACGGCGUGCACCAAGAUUCCUAUGGUAUUCAUAAAGAGCGAGGGAUCCAAGAAGCAGAUUCUAAACAAGCCAAUCUUUGCUUUGAAGCGCCACUGGAAUUAG